AUGGAAGCUACUUCACAGCCAUGUUUCUCUCAGGAUUACCUUAGAUCAUCUGAAAACUACAACUCUUCACUCCAUUCGAUACGAAAGCAACCAGCAAAGCCAUGGAAAAGACCCGUAACAGCUUCACUUCAACGGAUGCAUCCUAAAGUUUACCGAGUCGAGCCUGUGAACUUCAGGGAGCUGGUUCAGAGGCUAACUGGUGCACCACAAGAUCAUGAGAAAAAUCAGGUGGGUCAAGUUGAAACUAAGCCACUGUUGAAGGUGCAACACGGUCUAGUUGAGGUUAAGCAGCCACUCAAGAUUUUCCAUGAAACACCAGCUCAAGAGAACCCAUUGGCGUUUGAUCUGUCACCUUCCUCAUCUCGUUUUUGGGAAGCUUUUCCUCUUCUCAGUCCUGAAAAUCUUUCAAGAUGGUAG